CAGUAUUGACGAGAGCAUCAGUUCAUCCAGUUGAGAUUCUUCUCCCCGGACAAAGAAUUUUCCAUUAAAGUAAAUUUAAAUUAAUAGCGUUCCCAAGCUUUUGCUCCUGAGAUCUUUGAGCCUGGAUCCAUUCGUUUUGACAGAAAAAACCGCAGCGAAGUUUUCGCGAGAUCUCCAAAUCGAUCUGGCAACCCUUGAGACGUACAUAUGUAUGCAGACGAAAUGGCAAUCGCUAGCAACGUUGUCGAAGCGGGGAACGCGGUUCGCGCGGAAAAAGGCAGAAAAUAUUUUUAUUUUCGAAAGAUGAUAGGAGAUUAUAUUGACACCUCUAUUCGCAUUGUAGCCACCGUGUUCUUGGCUGAUCUGCUCCUUCGCUUGUACCGCUGUGUCGUCGAAUAUGGGAGCAAUGGGCGGUACUAUUUGCCCGAGGAUCGGCUGUGGAUAAUCCUGCGGCGCUCGUGCACGUAUAACAACAGAUCGAUAUACCUGAUUGUGGGAUUCCUUCUCGUAGCUUUUUUUCGAAUUUCGGUUACCGGGAAUUACAGGAACGUAAUGCCCACGACGCUGUUUCUGUUCCAAAUGCCGCUCUACUGGAUAUGGAGCUUUACCGAUAUGGACCAAAGCACCCUGAGCUACUCGCACUGGAUACGUGACUCCCAUGGACUAGACUAUGCGGCCGGAAUGGCCUCCAACUACUUUCACGGCUACCUCAAACUUUCACUGCCCGAACGCAAGGAUGAUGGGCUCAAACAUCGAUUAGCAAUGUACGAGGACAAGAAUAAUGUUACCUUCGGCAUUAAACGACUGGUUAUCCUCAUUCCCGAUGAGAUGUUUGUCAACGGCGUACUAGAAAGCCACUUACUUGACAAAGCUGAGCCCCUGGAGACCCAGUUCAUCAACCGAGCCGGUGUCUAUCGUCCUUUCAAGCACGAUGUCUACAGAAUGAACAAAAAGGUCAAUGGCAGGACCUAUUACUUUGCCGUCGAGGGUGCCACGCCCAUGAUAUCCUUCUUCGAUGCGACGUACUCUAACUUGUCGGGUACCUGGCAGAUGCAGGAACUAAAGCGAGAGAUCUGGAUCAAGUUCUACAAGCACCUGAAAGAACUUAUUACUACUUGGCCGGAGACUCGAGACCUUGUAGAGCUCAUCAUCUAUAACUCCCAUGAUAGCAAGGGCAACCUGGUGGAUGUUGGCGAAUUGCUUGUAGCUCAUAUGCAAAACAAAACCAAAACUAUUGACGAAAUUUCCAACUAAGACUUGAAAUCAAAAACGAUUCCAAAGAUUACGUUUUUUAAUAAUAUAUAUCUAUAUAUUGUAGUAAUACCAAAUUAUUCUAGUUUCAUAGAUUCAUAAAAUUGUUUGUGAUUAAACACAAACAAAAGACUAUAAAGCCCUAACCAUUUUAUCGCGAAACACAUCGCCAGUUAGCCACACAAACACCAGUUGUUUCAGUUGUCCCUUGGGCAUAUUAAUAUCUCUGAAAAUUGAUGCAAAUUUUAAUUGUAAUGCGCUCUUUGUUUUACUUAAAACUAAUAAGAAUGUUCAGUUUAAUAAAUAAGUUAUAUAAUAAGUAAUU